GCUGGGAAGGGGCUUUACUGAUAAAUUGGGCGGAAGAGCCGAAGCCUGAAGUACCCAGCGCUGGUUCCCCGUCGUUGCUCGGGGACCUGCACCGUCGGGGAUCGAGUGGUGCAGACCUGGGAGCGGAGGACACUGCCGGGUGUCUCGGGGACUCGAAAACUCCCGGAGCCGCAGUCUCCGCGGGGCGGCCUGGGAAAGUCAGCAGUCAGCAGCGCAGUGGCGGGAACCGCAACCCGGCGGCCCUGGAACCUCCCAGGGUUCACUGAUCACCCAGACCUGCUCACCUGUGCAGCAGAACAAAGGGCCUGGAAGGAGAGGAGACAGCAGCUAAGGAUGCAGGUGUCAUAGCUGGGUUGGACUAUUGGGUGGCUCCCUCCUUUGGAAGCUUGGAUGUUGCCUUCUGGCACCAUGAAAGCUAGUCCCCAGGCAUGAAGCUUUAAGGGAAAUGAGCUAUGUAUUCAUUGUUCCUGAAAGAGAAACUCAAAGAAGAGAAACAGGUCUGUUGACAUUCAGGGAUGUAGCUGUGAACUUCUCACAGGAGGAGUGGGAAUGCCUGGACUCUGCUCAGAGGGCUUUGUGCAUUGAUGUGAUGUUGGAGAAUUAUAACAACCUGAUCUUUGUGGAGAACUAUUGCAUAUGUGAUCCUGUCCAUCAACAUGUGAAGAUUGGAAAGCAGUCUAAAGACUUUGAGAAAUCAUUAAGUUUGUGUUCCAACAUUACUCAAAAUAAGAGACUCUACACUGCAAACAAAGAGCACAGUCAGGGAGAAUAUGACUAUUUCAGCUCUGCAAACAAUUUUUUGCAACAACCAAUCUAUAUUAGAGAGACACCACACCAUCGUGGGAAAUGUAAGAAAUUUGUCCACACUGCCUCAAGCCUCACUCUACAUCAAAGAAUUCAUUCUGGAAUUAAAUCCUACAAUUACAUUAUUUGUGAAAAAUCCUUUAUCCAGCAUGCAGGUCUUAAAAUGCAUCAAACACUUCAUACUGGGGAAAAAACUUACAAAUGCAAAGAAUGUGGAAAGUCUUUUCUUGACUUAUCUCAUCUUAACAGGCAUUACAGAAUCCAUGCUGGUGAAAGGCCUUACAAAUGUGAGGUAUGUGACAAAUUCUUUACCUUGAACUCAACCCUUAGAAGACAUCAGAAAAUUCAUACUGGAGAGAAACCUUACAAAUGUAUGGAAUGUGACAAGUCCUUUGCCCGGGACUCACAUCUUAGAACACAUCAGAGAGUUCAUACUGGAGAGCGACCUUACAUUUGUCAGGAAUGUGGCAAAUCUUUUGCCCAAUCUUCCGGUUUAAGGACACAUCAAAAAAUUCAUAUUGGAGAGAAACUUCACAGAUGCAAAUACUGUGACAAAUCAUUUACCCAUACUGUAAGUCUUAAAGUACAUCAGAGAGUUCAUACUGGAGAGAGACCUUACAGUUGUAAGGACUGUGACAAAUCCUUUACUACUUGCUCACAUCUUAAAAGACACCAGAGCAUUCAUACUGGAGAGAAACCUUACAAAUGUAAGGAAUGUGACAAGUCUUUUACUAGCUGCUCAUAUUUUAGAGAACAUCAGAGAAGUCAUACUGGAGAGAAACUUCACAAAUGCAAACACUGUGCCAUGUCCUUUACCCACGUUGUAAGUCUUAGAAUACAUCAGAGAAUUCAUACUGGAGAAAGACCAUACAGUUGUAAGGAAUGUGACAAAGCCUUUACCAAUUGCUCAGAUCUUAAAAGACAUCAGAGAGUUCAUACUGGGGAGAAACCUUACAAAUGUGUGGAAUGUGGCAGAUCCUUUACCCUUUGCGCAAAUCUUAGAAGACAUCGGAGAGUUCACACUGGAGAGAGACAUUACAAAUAUAUGGAAUGUGACAAGUCCUUUACCCACGACUCAAAAUGUAGAAAACGUCAUAGAGUUAUUACUGGACGGAGAACUUAAAAUUGUUAGGAAUGUGGCAACUCUUUUACCUACUCUUUUGGUUUAAGGAGACAUCAGAAAAUCCAUAAUGGAGAGAAACCACACAAAGACAGAUGCAUCCUCUGCCAGAUUUCAGAUCUUAGGAGAUAUUAGAAAAUUCAUAAUGGAGAGAAACAUACCAUUUGAAAAAUGUAACAUAGCAUUUUCUGAUAUUCUCUUCUUAUAAAUCAUAACAGUAUGCAAAAUAGGAACAUAAGAAACUUGUGAAAGUCUUUAGGAAACUUUUACAUUUUAAAGAAUAUCAUAGAGAUUAUAUUAAAAUAUAAUUCUAAAUGCAAAUGCAAUGAUGGGAAAGCUUUUUAUUUUUUUUAACAUGUAUGCAUGCUUUGCCUGCAGUUAGUCUGUGCACUAUGUGUCUGCCUGAUGUAGGACAGAAGGGGUCAUCUGAUCCCCUGAAACUGGAAUUACAGAUCAUUGUGAACUGCCAUGCCUGUGUUGGCAAUGAACACUGUUCUUCAGGAAGAGCAACCAAUGCUCUUGCCCACUUAGCCAUGUCUGUGGCCCCUGGUUUAAAAAAAAAAUGUAAUAAAAACAUUUAUCUUGUUCUACAAUU